AUGUUCCGAACUCCUUACUACGAAGGAUGGGAGGAGGAUAUCAUCUGGCAGUUAGCGGAGCUCUUCGAGUCUGCGAUUGGAGCUCCAAAGAUCCUCGACGCCCGGCGAGCUCUUGCAAGUUACCCACCUGUCCAGAUCAUCUACGCGACGCCUCGAUUCUCCCAGUGCCGAGACCUCGUGGACUGGAACAGCGUGCGUCCAGAGCUGAUGCACCUCUUUGAGAACCACGGAGAUGUUUACCUCGAGUUCGGUGGGCACGACGAGUAUCGAAACAUCUGGUUCCAUUGCUUGAGGAAGCAUAACGUGAUCCGUGGCGGCAGGGUUCAGAAACAGUUGGCAGCCAUAUUUCUCGUCACUGGGUCUUCACAGGUCGUCAUCAUUGUGGGCGUCCGGGUCAGCGCUCACAGCGAUCGCCAACGUCACCUUCUGCAAGGAGACGAGGGUUGUGAUGGCCGUAAAAAUAUCAGUUUCGUAAUCGAAAGCAGGUCCAAAGUCAAGGCGAAUCCUGCAUGUCUUCAGAUUGUUCAUGGAGGCGCGAAAGCGCGGCAGCCAUGUGUUCAAAUAACCGAUACAAGAAGUAUCGUGGUAUUUGACGGUUUGUACCCGGAGCUCAAGAUUUUGUAUGAUACUCCAAGGCACUCGGCUCGGACAGAUGUCAAAUGGCAAGUAGCAGUUGAAUGCGAGACGGCAAACAGCAUGUUCGCAGGACUUGUCGAACGCUUCCUUGUUAAUGGCUCCAGAGGUGCGGAGGACGGCCAAUUGGCCUCGCUCUAUGAGGAAGCGGUAGAUUUUGAGUCGUAG